CCACGAGUAGUUAGCUGUGGGCCUUUGGGGGAGUUGUUUACGUUCUCCACGCCUCAGUGUUCACCUUUGGAAAUGGAGCUCGUGGUACGUAUGGAAUUUUUGUGAGGAGGAGAAUGCGCUUGAGGGCUUGGGCAUGUUCUCCGUGAAUGUUUGCUUGAAGAAGUUUCUAGGAGAACCCAGAGCAUCCAAAGGAGUUAGAAUAAUAGUAGCCAAAGCUUGUGUAGUGCUUAGUCUGCCCCAGGAAUUAAUUAACUCGUUUAAGCCUCAUAACAACCCUGUGCAGAAGGUUCUGUUAUCUCCACUUUAUAGAUGAGGAAACUGAGUCAUGGUGUGUCAUACAGAUAAGUAAUUUACCAGAGAUCAUUUGGCUGGAAAGUGGCAAAAUUGGGAUUCGAAUCCCAUCAGUCUGGCUCCAGAGUCCAUGCUCUUUACGCUAAUCCCAUUGCUAGGCCUAAAGUCGUUAAGCCAUGAAUGUUUGUUAGCUCUGCUUUGUGGGUGGACAGGAUUUUUGUACCAGAGCGAAAAGAUUUUGCGAGUGUUGGGAACAAGGUGCGCAAAGCCUUGAGUUUUGAAAGACAAGUCUUAUUCUCUGAGCUCUGAUGGGCCCGCCGAUUGGGUUGAUUUGAGGAGAAGUGAAGGACGAGCUGAGAAGGUGGAGUAGGGGGACAGAAUUUCUCCCAAGGCUGUUUUGUGUAGGUUGGGCAUCUUUACUGAAGGGGAAGUAACCAGGCAGGCAUGUUUUAGAAAUGAAGAAACGAAUGCUCAGGGAGGUUCGGUAAUUUGCUCAAAGUAACGCAGCUAGUAACCAUCUCCAUCACUUAGCCAUUAUUAUGCUGUGUACCUCUUCCUCUGUUCCGUCAUUGCAGACCCGCUCUUGUCAAGGAUGGGUUUCUAAUGUAGAUCAGAAGGUGCAGUUUAGUGUCACUUAUUACUCAGCAUCAGUGACACAGAGAUGUAUGAGACAGGCUUAAGAGAGGGGAGAUGGAUGUACAUAAGGAACUAAAAUGUAUUUGGGACAGGUUGCUCAUCAACUCCAAGCCUGAUUCCAAAAAGACUUCCACUCUUCAAACAGUUCGGAUAGAGAGGAGUCCCUUAUUGGACCAAGUACAGACCUUUCUCCCACAGAUGGCUCAGGCAAAUGAAAAGCUAAGAAAAGCAAUGGCAGCUGCACCACCUGGUCGUUUCAACAUUGAAAAUAUCGAUGGGACUCUUGGAAAAGUUAUACAAAUGGAUGUGGCCUUGUUUGAGAUGAAUCAAUCUGAUUCAAAAGAAGGGGACAGUUCAGAAGAGAAUUCGCAAGACAGUUCAGAGGACAGUUCCGAUUCCGAGGAUGAAGAGGACAGCUCUGAAGUCACCGUAGAUAACAUUAAGCUUCCUCAUUCAGAAGACGGAAAAGGCAAGAUAGAGGUUUUGGACAGUCCGGCCUGUGAGAAAAAGAAAUAGUGAAAUAAAUGAUCUAAGAGUCAGGUGAUCUCUGCCUGCUAAUUCUGUGAAAAAGAAGGUGGCUCACUCAUUAUUUUGCAUUUCAGGUAUCUGUGGUGCUUUUAUGUAAUACUGGAUCUAUUUUGUUUCUUGGAGAAACAGAAGCUGCCUUUUAAAGAGUUGGCGAGGUACCAUUUGGGGAUCUCUAAGAGUAGACUGUGUUUGAUCUCCUGCUAAAGGGAUUUAGUUUAGAAAGCUUAGCUUUACGUCUGGUGGUGAGUAAAUCUGUUGGCAUCUUUUUUCUUCAGCAUAGACUUCAGAAAUAUCAAACUCGUUUUAAGAUAAAAACACAAAUCUCCUGUUUGUUUUUGUUUUAAAUUAUCCUCUUGGAUAAAACAACCUGGGAUUUUCUUUAGGUUAUUAUAAAGUCCAAUUUAUUUCUCACCAUCAAAAUGCGUUCAAUGAGGAAGAACUUUUUUUAAGAGAGAGUUUUCACAAAGAAAAGAAUUACUUAUAUUUAGCUUUCCUCAGGCAGAUCUACUUUCAUUUAAAAAAAAUAUUCCUUUCUGGUUUGAGCUGGAAAACUGGUGCUCUGUGGCUUAAUCACUGUUGGUGUCUCUGCAGCCACUCAGUGUGUGUAGAAUUUACUGGUUGGAAAAAUUUGUGGGUUUUUCGGUUUGGUUUUUUCUUUUCUUUUUUUCAUAAAGCAAGGUUUUUUUGUUUCAGCUAUUAAAACUAUUCUGCACAGUUGCCCAUGGUUUGAAACCUAUCAAAUGUAGACAAUAAGGGACACCACAGGAAAAUUAGGGCACAGUACCAAAAAAGGUCACAGCUG